UACGCGGUGUGUCAUGGCAGCUCCUAGGGUAUCCCGCGUGAUUUUCCGCAAGUGAGCCAGAGAGAUCCAGGGAAGGGAGCUGGCUGAGUCCGAGAAGCUUUCCUUGGAGCUGGGGUGCCUCCGCAGACUCUCGCGGCCCGGUGGAGACUUAAGGCCAAAGUCACUAUAAUUAUUUCUAAUAUCAAUUCCAAACUAUUGACCCUUGGACAACAGUGCAAUUAUAUGAAAUCAUGGCUGGUUAUAAGCCUGUAGUUAUUCAAACAUAUCCUAUACUUGGUGAAAAAAUUACCCAAGAUACACUGUACUGGAACAACUAUAAGACCCCUGUUCAAAUUAAGGAGUUUGGUGCAGUGUCAAAAGUAGACUUUUCUCUGCAGCCUCCAUAUAAUUAUGCUGUCACAGCUUCAUCAAGGAUUCACAUUUAUGGCCGAUACUCCCAAGAACCUAUAAAAACUUUCUCCCGAUUUAAGGACACAGCAUACUGUGCUACUUUUCGACAGGAUGGUAGACUGCUUGUGGCUGGCAGUGAAGAUGGCGGAGUUCGGCUUUUUGAUAUAACUGGGAGGGCUCCACUCAGACAGUUUGAAGGCCACACAAAAUCUUUCAGAGCAGUUCAUACAGUAGAUUUUACGGCUGACAAAUACCAUGUGGUCUCUGGGGCUGAUGAUUAUACAGUUAAAUUAUGGGAUAUUCCAAACUCUAGAGAAAUACUGAUGUUCAAAGAGCAUUCUGAUUAUGUGAGGUGUGGAUGUGCCAGCAAACUGAACUCUGAUCUCUUUGUAACAGGGUCGUAUGAUCAUACUGUGAAGAUGUUUGAUGCACGAACAAAUAAAAGUGUUGUUUCUGUUGAGCAUGGACAGCCAGUAGAGAGUGUCUUACUCUUUCCCUCUGGAGGUCUUCUGGUAUCAGCAGGAGGUCGUUAUGUUAAAGUCUGGGAUAUGUUAAAAGGAGGACAGUUGCUAGUGGCUUUGAAAAAUCAUCACAAAACUGUGACAUGUGUAUGUCUGAGCAGCUCCGGACAGAGGUUACUCUCUGGUUCACUGGAUAGGAAGGUAAAAGUAUAUAGCACAACUUCCUACAAAGUAGUCCACAGUUUUGAUUAUGCAGCUUCAAUUUUGAGUCUUGCACUUGCACAUGAAGAUGAGACAAUAGUGGUAGGAAUGACAAAUGGAAUAUUGAAUGUUAAACAUCGCAAAUCUGAAGCAAAGAAGGAUCCUUUCCCCAGGAGACGAAGGCCUGCAUAUCGAACCUUUAUUAAAGGAAAAAAUUACACAAAGCAACGGGAUGACAUUAUGAUCAACAGGCCAUCAAAGAAAUACCUAGAAUUGUAUGACAGGGAUCUGAAAAAUUUUAGGAUCUCUAAGGCACUCGACAGAGUCCUUGAGCCUGAAUGUACAAUGAAGACACCUGAGGUGACAGUUUCCAUUAUAAAGGAGCUAAAUCGAAGAGGGGUACUUGCAAAUGCUCUUGCUGGUCGGGAUGAAAAGGAAAUCAGCCAUGUUCUUAAUUUUUUAAUAAGGAAUCUCUCUCAGCCCAGAUUUGCCCCUGUGUUGAUAAAUGCUGCUGAAAUAAUUAUUGAUAUAUAUCUUCCUGUGAUUGGUCAGUCACCUGUAGUUGAUAAAAAGUUUUUGUUACUUCAGGGACUUGUAGAAAAAGAAAUUGAUUACCAAAGAGAACUACUAGAAACCUUGGGGAUGAUGGAUAUGCUUUUUGCUACCAUGACAAGGAAAGAAAGCACUUCUAUGUUGGAACAUAAAUCUGAUGGGUUUCUAGACAACAAGAAGAUAGAAUCAUAGUGUCUGCUUAAUAAAAGAGCUGACUUGGAGUAGAUUUGCCUUCAUUAACUGUUGGAAAGAGAAUCUCUUUGAUACUUUAAG